AUGACUUCUCCACCAUCGAAAAACAUAUGGAUUCGGCGGCAACAAUGCCCAUGUGGGGAUUGGAAAUGCUAUGUGACAUAUGAGGGAGACUCUGAAGAGACAUCAUCUAUAACAUCCCAAUUGGUAAAGAAUGAUAGUGCAGGCUCAGAAGCUAUGGUUUCCCCUUAUGUUGGAAUGGUAUUUAAGAGUGACGAUGAUGCAUUUGAGUAUUAUGGCAACUUUGCUAGAAAAAAUGGCUUCUCAAUUCGGAAAGAGCGGUCCCGACUUAGCCCUCAGUUGGGUAUUUAUAAGCGUGACUUUGUUUGUUAUCGUUCUGGCUUUGCACCAGUGAAGAAGAAGCCGACAGGAGAACACCACAGGGAUAGGAAGUCAGUUCGGUGUGGAUGUGAUGCAAAAAUGUAUUUGUCCAAGGAGGUAGUUGAUGGGGUUUCUCAAUGGUUUGUUGUGCAAUUCAGUAAUGUCCAUAACCAUGAGCUUUUGGAAGAUGACCAAGUACGCCUUCUUCCUGCAUAUCGUAAAAUUCAUGAGGCGGAUCAAGAGCGGAUACUAUUACUUUCCAAAGCUGGGUUUCCUAUACAUCGCAUAGUGAAGGUGUUGGAGUUGGAAAAGGGGAUUCAAGGUGGACAAUUACCCUUUUUAGAGAGGGACGUUAGAAAUUUUGUCCAAAAUCGUAAGAAGGUUGUUCAAGAAAAUGAUGCUUUGCUCACUGAAAAACGGGAAAACGAUACAUUGGAACUUCUUGAGGCAUGCAAGGGAACAAAAGAAGCAGAUGAAGACUUUGUUUAUGAUUUUACAGUUGAUGAGAAUGAUAAAGUUGAACACAUUGCAUGGUCAUAUGGUGAUUCAGUCCAUGCAUACACUAUGUUUGGUGAUGCAGUUUAUUUUGACACUUCGUAUCAAUCAAUCACAUACGGCGUGCUUUUUGGAGCAUGGCUUGGCAUUGACAACCAUGGAAGGACCAUUUUCUUUGGUUGUGUUCUUUUGCAAGAUGAAACACCUCGUUCCUUCUCGUGGGCUUUACAGACUUUUGUUCGUUUCAUGAGAGGGAGAUGCCCCCAAACAAUUCUAACUGAUCUUGAUCCUGGGCUGAGAGAUGCAAUAAGAAGUGAAUUACCAGGCACUAAACAUGUCGUUUCUAUAUGGAAUAUUCUUCCCAAGGUAUCCAGCUGGUUCUCUGUUUCACUUGGAUCUCGCUGUGCAGAAUUUAAAUCUGAGUUUGAUGUGUUAUAUCGGGUGGAGAGUACAGAGGAUUUCGAGCUUCAAUGGAAUCAAAUGAUUUCAAUGUUUGGGCUUACUACAGAUAAACAUAUUGCUUUACUUUAUUCAUUCCGGGCAUCCUGGGCUCUGUCAUAUAUGAAGGGUUACUUUCUUGCUUGUAUGGCAACGACUACAUAUUCAAAGUCUGUAGAUGCAUUUUUGAAAGGAGUUUUCAGUGCACAAACAUGUUUGCGUAGCUUUUUUGAGCAGGUUGGUAUUUCUGCCAAUUUUCAAAAUCAGGCACGUCAAGAGAUGCAGUAUAUGCAUAUUAAAACAUGCAUUCCCAUUGAAGAGCAUGUGAGGAGUAUUCUGACGCCUUUUGCCUUCAAUGCUUUGCAGCAUGAACUUGUGCUCACCAUGCAAUAUGCAGUAUCUGAAAUGUCCAACGGGUCAUAUCUUGUGCGCCACUUUAAGGAGAUUGAUGGGGAGCGUCUUGUGAUAUGGAUACCAGAAGAGGAACAGAUUCAUUGUUCCUGUAAAGAGUUUGAAUCUUCUGGAUUGUUAUGCAGACAUUCUCUGCGUGUAUUUGUAGUAAAGAACUACUUUCAGCUUCCUGACAAGUACUAUUUAAAUAGAUGGCGGAAAGAAAGCUCUCUUGAUUUUUAUGAUGACCACAUUACUCGAACUAGUGAUGAUGAAUGGUUUCAAGAUUAUCACUGCCUUAAUGAAACCCUGUUUACAGAAUCGUCAAUUACAAAGGAGCGUGCUGAUUAUGUUCGCAGGGAAUUGACAACACAACUCACAAGGAUUCUUAAUGAGGUUAGAAAUAUGCCAGAAUGUGAAGGAGUUGCUAUGGAUCUGACAUUUUCCCCUACGGGCUAA